AUGGCUGCGCUCCCCGCAUUUGGGGGCCACAGUCUGGUCCAGCUGGGUGAGAUUCUCGAUCGCUCACUUGAUACAAGGCUUGGACGCGACCUCUCAAGCACCCCUGCAAACCUCUCACGCGUGGUCUACAUCCCAAGACACAGGGACAUCACUGUCCAUCUUCCACUGUACGAUGUGUCGAACACCUACUUUGAUGCCGUCAAGAAGGAGCCGAUAGGAAGCAGCAAGUACAAGCUGAACCUUGCCAUGAUGAGAAGGCCAAGCGGAGAUGGAACGGAUGCCGAGGUGCGCUACCUCGUUGAUUUUCAGGAGGAUGCCAAAGAAAAGACUGUGGUAGUUGAGCGCAGAGUUCCCACACAUAACGGGGAAAUAGUCAGCAUGACUUUGCCGAAGGAAGGAGACGGUAGCUUCCAAGUCGAGCCGUUGAACACGGGCUCUAAUACCCGCCUGUCGCUUCACAGCUCAUUCCCUGUGCCCGACACGAAGGUAGUGGAGCAGCAAGUUCGACACCCCUGGUUCACGAUAUCUCAUCGGACAAACACUAGUGCGAACGCACAAACUUCAAACCUGAAAUGGCAGACAUGCCCCAGGGAGCACGGCGCUCUCCGAUACACGCUCGUCGACACAAGCGUAGAGCCUACAGAUGGCAAGCCAGUCGUGCACGCCAUUUAUCACCACGCUGGAAUCGCUUUUGCCCUACCUCACGACUACAGCGAAGGCGUUCUUCUCCUAUCCGGGGAUCUCAAUGAUGAAGCAGAGGCGUUGGCUGUCACGACCCUGCUGGGUCUGCUGGAACGAGUUCGCCAGGUUAACCAGCCUGCACCCCGACCGAGAAAGAAGUCUCUAGUGAAGAGGGUCCUGGGAAAGAUUUGA